GCAAAUAUCUUUAACAUCACACUAACAAAAUAGGGAAUAAGGGAGUAUCAUCAAUUAAUGAGAUUUGAGGAAAACCAAGUUAGCCGUUGGAAAAAUAGGGAAAAAGAAAAGAAUUGAGGAAAAUUAAAAACUACCUUAGCCGUUGGAAAAAAGAAAAGAAUUGAUGAAUAUUAAACACCAAAUCAGCCGUUUCUCUCUCCUCCAUUUAAGCGUACUCUGAAUUCUCCAUUGAAGUGGUUUAUGAGUUUUUUCUCUCCUAGAAACAGAUUAUGAGUCCUGAAACAGAAGUGUACUGAAUCUCUCCAUUACUUAACAUCAAUGACGUCGUUUGAACCUAUCAUUAAAAUGGAUGAAAAUGCGUUUAGAGCUCAUGAGAAGAUUCAGCAGCCUCCAGUGGCCAGGAAACCUCUUACUGAUGUGACCAACUCUAGAAAGCCGCCUGCAAAAGAUAAGUCGUCAGUGAAGAAUAUCAAUGGUUUCAAGGCUCCAGAGAAGGCGGUGCAGCCUAAUAAGGUUGGCAGGAAACCUCUUGGUGAUCUAACAAACUCUAAGAAGCCGACUGCUCAAGAAAAAUCGGCUAAAAAUAAUUACACUCAUAGUGUUUCAGCUGCUGUCAAGAAAGAGCAAGUCCAAAGUUUUGCUUUAGGGGAAGGUUUUCUGCAUAACCAUAAUGAGUGCAUCAAGGCAAAUCGACAAUUUAUGAGCUUGGAUUAUUUCCUGGAAACUGUUGCUCUUAAAAGAGAUUCUGUAACUGUUGCAACUCCUCAGCACCCUGAACUGUCUAAGGCCCCGAAUCUGGAGCUUGAAAUUCCAAUGGAGAUCGAAGAGAUGGAAUUCGAAACUUGGGAUAUCUGCGCUCCUGCAAGUCCUCCAGCACCAAAGUCUCCAAGGUCCCCUGAUUGGAGUGUGGAUUCUACUAAUUUGGACUUUUCACCCUUGAAGCUGAAGGAGUCACCAGUCAAGAGCUUCAGGACUCAGUUUCUCUGCAUGAAAACCCUAGUAAUUACAAUUCAUUUCCUUGUGACAUAUUGGCUUUAUCAGUAGGCUUAUAUAGUUCCAUGAUUGUAGAAUAACAUAGAUUGCUGCUUUCUUUUGUUGCUAGAGGGAGAUCAAUACUUUUUUGUGUUAUCUCCUCACUUUGUUGUAUUGGUCCAAUAUUAAAAUUGGAGUAUACAUAUUAGUUUCAGAGCUCUUUGUUUUACUAGUUUGUUGUAUCCUGAAUGCACAAUUACGCAUCACACUUUUGCGUUUCUAACAAUGCCUGUCGGCACAAUAAGAAUUGGUUCCACAACUCUGUUUCUGU